AUGGCUGGGCGCUACUAUACUUUGGCUGAAGGUUGCCCUUUUGCCAGCAACAGUACCACUCUCCAGCUGCGGAACAGCUUAGGUGGUGGGCUUUCCUUGCUUCAAGAUACACAGCUCAUCGAGACUCUCGCUCAUUUCUCUCGUGAGAGAAUCCCGGAGCGUGUGGUCCACGCCAAGGCAGCAGGCGCAUAUGGCGAAUUCGAGGCUACCAGUGACUGCUCCGAUAUCACCUCCGCUAGUUUCUUGAGCAAGGCAGGAAAGAAAUCCCCCGUCCUCCUUCGAGUAUCUACAGUUGGACCGGAAGCAGGUUCAGCUGACACGACUCGGGAUGUUCAUGGAUGGGCGAUGAAGACGUAUACCGAUGAGGGGAAUUUGGACUGGGUCUUCAACAACACGCCGGUCUUCUUCGUUCGCGAUCCGAUUAAAUUCCCUUCUCUGAACCGUUCGCACAAGAGACAUCCUACCACUCAUCUCCCUGAUCCUAAUAUGUUCUGGGACUUCCACGUUGGUAACCCCGAAGGUAUCCACGAGCUCCUUCAUCUCUUCAGCGAUCGCGGAACACCGAGGUCUAUCCGUCAUAUGAAUGCAUAUAGCGGACAUACCUACAAGUUCACAAAAGAGGAUGGAUCAUUCAAAUACGUUAAGUUCCACAUCAAGACCGCACAGGGUGUCCAGAACAUGACCCGGGAAGAAUCCAUCAAGAUCGCAGGCGAAAAUCCCGACUACCUCAUCCAGGAUAUGUUCGAAGCCAUCGAAAGGGGCGACUACCCCGUGUGGAACAUCUACGUCCAGGUUAUGGACCCCGCCGAAGCAGAGAAAUACCGGUGGAAUAUCUUCGACAUGACCAAAGUCUGGUCUCACAAAGACUUCCCCUUGAGACAGAUCGGAAAAUUGACCCUGAACCGCAAUCCCCGGAACUACUUCGCCGAUAUCGAGCAGGCAGCCUUCUCCCCAUCCACAAUGGUACCAGGUAUCGCACCCUCCGCUGACCCAAUGCUCCAAGCCCGUAUGUUCGCAUACCCCGAUGCAGCCCGGUACCGUCUCGGAGUCAACUACCAGCAGCUCCCAACGAACGCAGCCAAAGCUCCCGUCUACUGCCCCUUCCAGCGAGAUGGCGCGAUGCGCUUCGACGACAACUACGGCGGGGACCCCAACUACGUCGGCUCGUCCCUCCAGCCGACCAAGUUCUACCAGGAGGUGAAGAACUCGAAAGUCAGUCGGCUCAGCGGAUGCACCGAGCACGAGAAAUGGGUGGGAGAAGUGUCCAACUUCCAGACACAUAUCACGGACGAUGAUUUCGUCCAGCCGGCCGGGCUCUGGGAGGUCAUUGGCCGGGACCCGGGUCAUCAGGAGAGAACGAUUGGAAAUAUUGCGUCCCACCUGAAGGGUGUUAAGUCGCCUCAGUUGCGUAAUGCGGUCUAUGAACUCUUUGGAAAGGUUAACGCGGACCUUGGGGAGAGCCUUAAGAAGGUUACUGAGGCUGCUUUGGUGUCUGCUUAG